AUGGAACAACAGAAUGACGAACGACUCGAAUCACUUUAUUCUAAAAUAAACUCGAUCAAGAACGUUACCAUCGAUAUACAUUCUGACUCGUUAUCCCAAAACCGAUUGCUCAACCAAACCGGCGAACAAUUUGAUUCGUUUACAUCACAAUUAUCCGAUUCAGCCAAUCGAUUCAGUCGGACGAUCUCCGCGGGCUCCUCGCAACGGAGAGUGAUCAUCUACAGUCAUAUCCCGAUCCUUUCUCCAAAGGAUCUGCAUAGAGAAGCUCCUCUCAAAACACACACAUGUCAUCAUGGACUUCAGACCAACCCUACCAAAAGUCGCCCCUUCGCAACCGCUUAUAUCGUCGUCUGUCGUCCUCUUUCGACCUUGGUCAAUGCGCCCUGCAACCAGCCCUCUUGCUCCUACACAAACACACCGACACAGCACUCAUCUUCCUCUGACCAGUUCUCUCGAGCUCAGUCCCAUCCGGCCUUCCUCACCUCCUCACAGGCACCCCAUUCCCUCAGAUUGGCCGCUUCGCAUCCCCCGUUCUCCAACCCCAAUCAGCCCGAACAUUCUCUAGAACAACUUCCCUCUCGACCCAAUGAUGUUAUAACCCACAAGAUCGACUGUAUAAACACAUGCAUGGAGUGA